UCCUGACCCGGCCGGGGUGGGGCGAAUCCCGUCCCGGCCGGCUGCCCGGGGCAGAGCUCCAAGCCGUCCGCCGUGGUGGUGGCCGUGCUGCACUUCUGCGCCCCGCGACCGGCGCUGGAAGCGGGCCUAGCGCGUUCGCCUUGCUCCUCCGCGAGCCGGGUUCCGGGGCGAUUGCCCCGGCCCCUUAGCGCCGGCAGCCUGAAGAGUCUCUGGCCGUGGUAACGAGGGGAGGCAGAUGGGCACUGGAAGGUCACAAGUUGUGAAUAUCUUCAUGGUUAUCCAAGCAUGGCCAGCUUGGUUUCCAGAUGAGGCUUGACAUUUCAUCCUACCACUGCAGCGGAUCUUUCUGUAUCUCGAAGAUAAAGCAAAAAUCUUUGGAGUAGAUGGAUUUUUGUCACUUUCUGUGAACUAAAGCGGUUCAAUGUCUCUUUUGGAUUGUUUCUGUACUUCACGAACCCGAGUUGAAUCACUCAGACCUGAAAAGCAGUCUGAAAGCAGUAUCCACCAAUACUUGGUUGAUGAGCCACCCCUUUCCUGGUCACCUCCUUCUGCUAGAGCCAAUGAAGUAAUAGGCUCCACUACUGUUUCUCACUAUGAACUACAAGUGGAAAUAGGACGAGGAUUUGACAACUUGACCUCUGUCUAUCUUGCACGUCAUACUCCUACAGGAACACUGGUAACUAUAAAGAUUACAAAUCUGGAAAACUGCACUGAUGAACGUCUGAAAGCUUUACAGAAAGAAGUGAUUCUUUCUCACUUUUUCCAACACCCUAAUAUUACUACUUAUUGGACAGUUUUCACUGUUGGCAGCUGGCUUUGGGUUAUUUCUCCAUUUAUGGCCUAUGGUUCAGCAAGUCAGCUCUUGAAGACCUACUUUCCUGAAGGAAUGAGUGAAACUUUAAUAAGAAAUAUUCUCUUUGGAGCAGUGCAAGGGUUGAACUAUCUGCACCAAAAUGGCUGUAUUCAUAGGAGUUUUAAAGCCAGCCAUAUCCUCAUUUCUGGUGAUGGCCUGGUGACCCUCUCUGGCCUGUCCCAUCUGCAUAGUUUGGUUAAGCACGGACAGAGGCAUAGGGCUGUGUUUGAUUUCCCACAGUUCAGCACAUCAGUGCAGCCGUGGCUGAGUCCAGAACUACUGAGACAGGAUUUAUAUGGAUACAAUGUGAAGUCAGAUAUUUACAGUAUUGGGAUUACAGCAUGUGAAUUAGCCAGUGGGCAGGUACCUUUCCAGGACAUGCAUAGGACUCAGAUGCUGUUACAGAAGCUGAAAGGUCCUCCAUAUAGCCCACUGGAUCUUAGUACUCUCCCUCAGUCAGACUCUAGAAUGAGAAAUUCCCAAUCUGGAGUAGACUCUGGGAUUGGAGAGAGUGUGCUUGUCUCAAGUGGCACUCACACAGUCAAUAGUGACCGACUACGCACACCAUCCUCAAAAACGUUUUCUCCUGCUUUUUUUAGCUUGGUACAGCUCUGUUUGCAGCAAGAUCCUGAGAAGAGGCCAUCAGCAAGCAGUUUAUUGUCCCAUGCAUUCUUCAAACAGAUGAAAGAAGAAAGCCAGGACUCCAUACUCUCACUGCUGCCACCUGCAUAUAACAAGCCAGCAGUGGCACUGGCCCCAGUGGCGCCAUGGACUGAGCUGGAAUGCGACUUUCCAGAUGCCAUAGACCCAGACUGGGCAUUCUAGGGCUGCCAAAUCAUUUCAUGUCCUAUAUACUUGACAGUUUCUCCUUGCUGCUUUUUCUUCUGUAUUAUUAGGUACAAAUACCAGAACUAUACUUGAAAAUACAGUUGGUGCACUGGAGAAUCAAUCACUUAAAACCCACUCUGUUUGUGGGGCAUGAAUUUAUCACCCUCUGUUUGGAUCAGAGUGCCUUCACAACUCCAACAUCAGAAUUACUAAUCCAGCUAUAUUUAGUGUCAUCUGUUCCUGAUUUUUUUCCCUCCAAGCUGUGACUACUCUCUGGAUCUCAGUGUAAUUUUUGAGCCAGUUAAUUUUUUUUUUCUGUAUUUUGCUAUCCUCUGAGGAAUGAGCCCUCAGAGAACAGUGCUUACAAGGACAUCUUUAUCUUCCAGAGUCUAGCUUUUUGGUCAGCUGUUGUUAGACCAGCAGGCUAGUUUAUCCUGGUACAAAGACCUUUCUUGGAGAAGGGAAAAGGUUCAUAUUAUCCUUUUUACAUACAGUAACAAACUGAGCCUCACAUUAAAUGAUUCACUUGAAAUAUAUAGAGAAAAUGUAACUUGCAUUUUAAAGGGGGGGAGCUAAAUCAACACUUUUCUACCUAUAUAAAUUAUAAAUCCUUAAUUCAUGCACCCUGUGGGAGCUCAAUAAAGAUUUAUUAAAUUGAA